CGAGCGCCGCUUCCUCUCCCCUUCCAUCGAGCGCAGCGCCUGCGCCGCCGCCACCACUCCGCACCGCCGCCAGUUCCCCACUUCCUCCCCACACCCGAAUCGGAUUGAAGCCAGAAGGCAAGGUGAAGAGUGGGCUUGGGUAACGGUUGCAAAGAGAUAUCCCCAACAGUUGCAGUCACUCGCAUCCAGUCGGCUCAGCUAUGGAGGAGGACUCAUCAGCGAUGGAGCCGAAUAGGCUGCGCGAGGCCGAGGCGGCGGCUGGGGAGCUGAAGAGGCUGCGCGAGGCCGGGCAGUCUCAGUACAUGUACCGGUCUAUCGCCGACGCCAGGGUUGUCGGCGGCCGGGUCUGCCUCUUCGCCGUCGUCUCCGAGAUCGGCGCUACCGUCCACAGCCGUGGCACGGAUUUCACUGUUACGUUGAGGGUAAUAGAUGAAUCAUACAAGUCUGGAAUAUCUGUAACUUUUUUUGCUGACAGCACUGCACUAUUGCCUUGUGUGAAGUCGUGUGGAGAUGUGAUCAGUCUCCAUAACGUCGUGAUAAAGAAAUAUAGAGAUUUCUUUGUGCAAUUUGACAAAAAGUACUCUUCAUUCGCGCUGUUUGAAGGCAAAACGUAUACUGAAUGCAGUCCAUAUCAGACUUCUAUAAGAUAUCAUGACAGCGAACACGACAAAGAUUUUUUAAAUCAGAUGAGAACGUGGCUCCCUCAAGGUCUGAAGGAUUUCACUUCAAAUAAUUCCGAAUUGUAUUUAAUGAAUUUGAAGUCCGAUUCUACUUUUGAUCUAGUAUGCAAGGUUUUUCAUGUACAUGUGGAGAACAACAAUUCAAUAUUUUAUGUUUGGGAUGGAACUGAUACCCCUGCAGCUGAGUUUCCAGCAAUUUUGGAUGCUGAGGCAGCCAAAUCACUCUCUCUACAUGAAGGCCCCCCUCUAUCCAGGGAGAUUUUAUGUACAAUGCCAGAUUUCGGAACUGUCCUAAGGAUUUUUUCAGAUAGAUUUGUCAAUAAAGUAUCAUAUAUGCAAAAGAACAUAUAUUGGGCCAGGUUCUGGAACAUUACUUGCAAACAAAACUUUGGCAUUUGGAAAGGUACUUUCUCGGACUCCGGUGGAGUUCGCCUAUUAUCAAACAAAGAUGAUAGCGUUGUUGAUCGUCUAAAGAUGUAUGACAGCCGCAUCGCCAACCGAGUUCGUCGUCGGCCGAUGGCAAGCAUCCCCUCCAGUGUUACUGAUGUAGAAUACGAGGAUGCAGGUUACGCUUCAUUAAUGAAGUCUUUAACUCAUCAUGAUGUGACGCACAAAUUGAGAACCUUGGUCCGUGUUGUGGCAGCACAUCCAUGUGAAGCUAGUUUGCUUUCAACUGGUAACUGUCAUCUUCGGUUGACUCUUGAGGAUCCUACAGCGAGAAUUCAUGCGUAUGUCCACAAGAAUGAUUUGGUCGGAUUCUUUGGUGGUGGUUUUUUGACAGCAGAAGUGAUAGUAAAAAAGAUGAACAUGGUACUGGGCAUCCCGGAACCACAAGGCAGCGUGGAAGUUGCCCCCUCGACCAGGAAUCCACCUUGGAUAUGGUGUUGCUUGAUGUCAUACUAUAUGGACAAAAACGAUCCCUGGGUCAGCAGAAAGUACCGGAUCUAUAGCACAGCCAUCAGGGAUUGAGCAGAGGGAUGCUGCUGGAAUGUGCAGGAACAAACUUGUAAAUGAAUGGGACAGAUGCUGUGUAGUAUUGGCAUCUUGCUUGUAGAAGAGGCCAUAUGCUUUUGCAGGUGCAAUCAGUGAAUCAUUCCAUACUGAACACUGAGAAUAGCACCUCGGGUUCAUUCUGUAUGUGCCUACACUCUAGAUUGUCUUUUGGGUGCUCAUCACGAAACGUGAGCAUAUCUUUUGGAAACAGAGACCUGCGUUUGAUUCCUGUGCUUGUUAUGUUGUGAUUGAUCAUUGGGGGGAGGUUGAGCUUUUGAGCCAGUAUAAAAAUACUGACCGGACCAUCAAUAUUAUUGAUCAUUGGGAGU